AACAAAAAAAAAAGCAAACUCCUACUAAAAAAACAAAGUCAAAAUUGGAUGUGGGCAUUACUUUCUUCUUCUGCUGUUGGCAUCACUUUCCUCCUUUUAUUGUGAUCUCACCCCAUCGUCCACUCAAUGCCGAAGUCAAAACCUAUAAUGAGGUCGCCAUUGGAAGGAAUCAUGGGCCAUGGGUGAAGUUUCCCUUGCUUUGGGACAGAUCUGGGCUUAGUUGGUUGAGGUUGUGAGUGGGCCACUAUGUAUGUCAUGGAUUCACAAAGGGCAAUGGCAACAAAGGACUGAUGGAGGGAGAUAUCGGACAGAGUUCUCAUCUUCACAGUCGGAGCUUGGACGAGGCUUAGGUAAUGUCGUGAAUGGAGCUUGGACGAGGUCGAGAACGGACGAUGAGCAAGAAGACUGGAGGUGUUGGGUCAAUGAUGGGCAAUGGCGGAUCUGGGCCUCUUUUCCUGUUCUUAGUUCAGUAAAGAUCCCGGAAGAUAAGCUUCCCCGACGAUCCGACUUCUUCUCCAAUCCUCUUCCUGCUUGCCGUACUUCCUUCUCCGACAACGCAGCGUUUUUCGAUUCUUCCGAACCUGUGUUUCGUUUGGUUCCAUUCAUCUCGAUUCAACCAGUUUCUCAAGAUCUUCUUGCACUGAAUAUGUCGACUAGUGGCCUUCCUCCAUCAUCAACUUUCGUGGUCGAUGACAAUGUCUCCUCAACUGUGGAUGAAUCACAGAAUCCAACUGGACAACCUAACCAGAAUUCUCAAACUACUCACUCAUUACAAUCUCUUGAAGAUCCAGCUGACCCUUAUUACCUUCAUCACGCUGACAACCCUGGCAACGUUUUGGUCUCUCAAUAUCUCACAGGUCAAAACAACUAUCCUUCUUGGAGCAGAGCAAUGAAGCUCUCAAUAUCAGUCAAGAACAAAAUGGGGUUUCUCAAUACAUCUAUUCCUAAGCCUUCAUCCACAGAUGUGUCUCUCUACAACGCUUGGGUUCAUAACAACAACAUGGUAAUUUCUUGGAUCCUUAACUCUGUUUCUAAAGAAAUUUUAGCGAGUAUCCUAUAUGAUGAAUCUGCAGCAGAAAUUUGGCAAGAUCUUAAAGUUAGGUUUCAGCAUCAAAACAGACCACACAUAUUCAAUCUAAGGAAAGAAUUAAUGAAUCUUGUACGCCCUGAUUUUCCCACAGGCUGAUUAGCGAGUUGAGGUACGGCCUAAUCAUGAUUACCAUGAGGACGUCCCCAAGACCGGAGCUGCCAUCGUACGAUCCUACCUCCUUGGCUGGAGGUAACCUAAGGGUUCGCCAAGAUUACUUGAGGACUGAGUGUGGACUCUGAAUGCCGCAGGUCGAGGGAAGCAUCCAGCUCGUGGUACGAGCUGGAGUUGGAGGCUGUGACCUUUUAUAAAAUCAACCACGCAAGAUAAACGUGCAUAUAUCAGACAUCACGUGUCUGAUAUGUCCCUGACUUCUCGGAUACGCAGCAGGAAUGUGCGCAUUCAGACACCCACGACUGGGUUGGGCCGUGCGGCCCAUUAUCCCCUUACCUAUUGAUUUGACCACACUUAUGUGUCAGGUUUAGGAAUAAAUCAUGAAUGUCUCAGAGUUGACAUGAUAGGUAAGAAGGUCACGGGAUGACCUUCUUACCAACUUCCAGGUGCCUUCUCCUAUAAAUAUGGAGACCUUGGGAGUUAAUAGGGGUUGGAUUCUAUAUUGUAAGAAAUAUCCUGUAAAAGAAUACCCAGUAUAUAGCAAUAAUAUUGACUAGUGGAGUAGAAGGAUUUUAACC